UUUGCAUAAAAAACAGAAAUGGCGAAUCUUAAAAGAAUGAUAAAGGCUAAAUUUCCCAAUGAAGAUAUGAGCGAUUUUCUGAAUGAAUCGCAAUUUCUUCCAGAAUCUCCUAAAAAGAAACAAACUAAAAGACGAAAGACUGAAUCUGUUGAAGGAGAUUUUAAAAUAACUCCAGUAAUACCUAAAAAGGAUAAAACGUCUGGAAACGACGAAGUUUGGAGUGAAACCAGACAGAAACUAAUUAAUGUUUUGGCUACACAAUUUGAAACUAGGAAGCAAAUCAAAAAUAAUCUUCAUAAGGGUUUCACAGACGUCCUGAACCAGAUGGAGGCAGACUACAACGCCUUGAAAGACAAUGAACAGAAGUUGGAGCAUCUCACCAGCUCUUUCCUGAAGUGCAUGCAGCAGGCCACUGCAGCACAUAAGCAGAAAAUCAAAUCUUUCCAAGAUAUUUAUUCGACGUUCGAAAAAGAAUGUGAGAAAGCAGAGACAACGCAGAAGAAAGAAAUUAAUAAAUUCGCUGAAGAUUUAGAGGAAGAUAUGAAUAAACUGAAAGAGAAAUUGGUGUCAGAAUACAAACGAAACAGCUGGGAAGCGCUGCGCAGAUCGUUCUUUCAAGCGAUGCAAAAUGAUUAUUAA